AACACACACACUCACACACACACACACAUAGAAGCCCUGGAGCAUCUCAGCAUGCGGCUCGCUCAGUGUACCAGCCACAGUACUCAGUAACAGAGCGGGGAAGGUUGAGGAGAGCGGCGCAUACCUUUAGAGAAGAUGAAUGCGGGCUGAUUUCAGAGAGCCUGACUGUAUUAUAAAGGAAUGGCGUUAAGCCAGUAGGAAAUCAUCCGAGGCCUCCUGCUGAGCUCUUCCUGUUGGGAACAGAGGGCUCCUAGGAAAUGAAGGCCAGUAUGAAGCAGUGGCGUCUGGCACUGGGGCUUAUGCUCACCUGGGCAUUGCUCUUUCUCGCCCUCUUCUCCUACUUCAUGGAGUCACGUGUGGAUGAGGCCAUCUCGCUCUCGCACGCCGACACACGCCGCCUUAGCUCCGUUCAGGGCAAUACCCGUAGCGCUGCGACAAUCCUUCGCCAGGCGUUGCCCGCCACCUCAACAUCCACCACCUCUAGAGCUCAAAAGGAGCAGGUACCCAACAGCGAGCAGGAGGCCUACAUUUACCCAGAUCCUCGUGUCUUAGCAACAUGGUCUGUGGAUUCACGCUCAGGCACUGCAGCCCAUAGUCAGGAAAGCAACCAAACCUUCCCUCAACCGGGGGAAGAGGAGGAUGAGGAAGAGGUGGUGGGAAUUGAGGAGGAGGAGGAUGACGACAGAAUGAAUCAAAUAGAAACCAACAGUUGGUUUGACUCUAAGUCAAAGUCAGUGGUGCAGCAUUUAUGGCAUGGCAGUGCCUCACUGGACAUGCUGAGUCCGCGGUUACAGAAGGCUGUGAAAGACUAUAUGAGCACUAAUAAACAUGGAGCAUCCGACAAGGGGCGGCGGCGGGUGAGGCGGAGUGGGAAAAGCCUUCUGUGCAAUAUGAAAAAGAAUGGCAAAGUGAGGACAUUGGAUGGUAAAGAGCUACCCUUCUCUUCACUGGGCUGGCAUAAAAUUGUACCUCCUUUAGAACUUCAGCACCUCUAUAACACAGCAUUCCGCUCCUGUGCUGUAGUCACCUCGGCUGGUGCCAUCCUCCACUCCGGCCUAGGAAGUGAAAUUGAUUCCCAUGAUGCUGUUUUGAGGUUUAACUCGGCCCCUACCAAAGGUUAUGAAAGAGACGUGGGGAAUAAGACUACCAUUCGCAUCGUCAACUCCCAGAUCCUGGCUAACCCCAGCCACCACUUCAACAGCAGCUCCCUAUAUAAGAAUUUGACGUUGGUGGCCUGGGACCCUGCACCAUACACUGUCGACCUGCAUAAAUGGUACAAGAAGCCGGACUACAACCUGUUCACUCCAUACGUGAAGUACAGGGAACAGUUUCCUGCUCAGCCUUUCUACAUUCUGCACCCCAAGUUUAUCUGGGAACUAUGGGACAUGAUCCAAGGCAACACUUUGGAGGACAUUCAACCCAAUCCACCUUCGUCAGGGUUCAUUGGCAUCUUGCUGAUGAUGUGGUUAUGCGACGAAGUCGACGUCUACGAGUACAUUCCAUCUCUAAGACAGACCGAUUUGUGCCAUUACCACGAGCGCUACUACGACGCUGCAUGCACUCUGGGAGCCUAUCACCCUCUGCUCUAUGAGAAGAUCCUCAUCCAGCGCAUCAACCCCAGACCUAAGCGCGACCUUCAGAGGAAAGGCAAGGUCACACUCCCCGGCUUUAGGACCAUCCACUGUGACCCCUGAACUCUAAACCCUGGAGGAAAGGUUGCAAUAAUUGGAAAGCAGGUUCGAGGUUUACCUGCACGCAGUCCACAGAGACCAACUUUGCUCUUUCGGGAGGUUUUUAGUUAAAUUCUCUGAGCCUUGUGUGACGUAGAGGUUAUUGGGUAGCAAUAGGUUUAUUACAGAAAAGCUGUUUUUUCUAGGUAUCUGGUGAUUUUGCUGUAGCUAGCCAUCAUGUGACAGGACCAAUGGUGUUUGUGUGUCUGUGGAGGAAUUGGAGAAUAGCAAUUAACAGUUUACGGCACCAUUAUAGACGCACUUGCGCACGUACACACACACCAUGAACAUUAAGAAUAAUUUCAUUGAUGUAGUUAGAUACACGGUUUACCAGUGAUGAUACCUGACUUUGAAUAGUAAUAGCAGUGGAUAUUGCUUUCUGUUGUAUUACUUUUCUCAGCUGUUCACAAAUGAAAAAUGUGGUGCAUGUCUGAGAGUACUGCCUGGUCUGUGCCAUAUAUUGUCUAUAUAUUGUAAAUGACAUUAUUUCCCUCUUUUGAAUGUUCAUUUGCCAUGAAAUUGUUACUGAAUAAUAUGAUAAUAUCGUGUUGAGUGACAAGAUACAGAUGAAGGUACUGAAUGCCAUUACAUGUUACACAGCUGAGAAAACUUCCAAACUAAAUGUUCUGUACGCUACGGGGACAUCUCGGUUGAACGUCUGAAACGCCUGCAGCUGUGUUGAUAAGGGUUUAACGAUCUAUUCCCUGCUCGACAAAAAACACGCCCUUCUAACUUUUUUUUUGGUGGUGUUAAUGAUGGUUUUUUUUUUUGGUUUUUUUUUAAAGCCUUUUGGCAAUAUAUUACCAAUGAGCAGUGGUUUUAGUAAUUGUGCAAUGUUAAAUCCAGCACAGUCUGGUUGUUUUUGUAUCUUGCCCAGGAGGUUACAGGUCUUCAUAAACUCCCUAAGGAGUAGUCAAAAGCGAAUGAAAACAAAUUUCCUUGCAUUGUAUCUUCAAUUUUUCUUCACAUUGUGUUUUAUCAAUGUAAAUAGGUUUUUUUAUACCACUAGAAGUACAAUGUGUAAUCCUUUGACAUGUUUUCCUUACGUGCCAUUAAUUUGUGUAGAAAAUGAUAACUUGUAUGAGUUGAACAUAGAGAGCGGAAGUUCUGUAUACAUGUAAAUUGUGAUGGUGAAAAUGGGAACUGCUGUUUGCUCUCAAGUCUAAAUCAGACUCUGAAACGCAACCUCUCUAUCCAUCUGAUUUGUUAAAUAUUUCAUUUAGGAACCUCUGUUGGUAGUGUAUUAUUCAAUACUGAUAACUACCUACCCACCCCAUGUUGGGGUAAUGUAAACAGAUAUUGAUUGAUAAGGUAAUAAGUUUUCCUUUUUUCAGGAUGAUUUAGUCUGUAAUACUGCAACUAAUCGUUUACUUGGCAAUUGAAGUCAUCCUGUCAGUGUUCGUGUAUGAGGUUUCUUUAUAACAAAAAAAGGGGUUCUUUCAACUCUUAAGAUGAAUCAUAUAUGAGCAGUAUGUGUAUAUACAUAUACAUCUUUGUCACACACCAUCCCGUGCUUCCACAUUAGAGAGGUAUAUUAAUGGUGGUGGUGGUGGUGAGUUUAGAGGAAACUGCAUUUGGCCCAAUUGAAGGCUUUCUUUUUUUCUGUCAUUACUGCAGGGAACGUAUACAGGAGCACACUACUGAUCACUUACUGAAUGUCUAAGAAGCUUUCAAUCACUGCAGGAGCACCGUCAGCCACAAAGGUGUCACAAACCACUCCCUAUUGUUUGCACAUUCAGAGCAACACAAUACGAGUUCUGAGAUUUGAAAAUGUUGUGACUUUUGGGAUUUAAAAAGAAAUUGCCACUGAUCUGUGCUUCCCUUAAUAUUUCUAGUCCUUUACACACAGUUUACCUUUUAAUCUUUUGCAAAAACUGUUUUGUUAUCACUGUCUACUUUUACUUAUACAUAAUAAACUCCUAGCUAUAUAAUUUCUCACUACAAAGUGGACACCGCAUGCUAAAUAUCAGGGCUUGUAAGCUCAUUGUGGUAAAAAAAAAUUAUAUAUAUAUUUAUUUGUCAGUGUAACAAUAAUUAAGCUGAAAAAGCAAAGUUAAGUCUUACUUAAAAUUUGUGCAGGUUGUUUUAGGUAACAGGAAUCGAGUUACAUUGGACAAUUUGAUAAGGUCAUCACUGCACUGUUUUGGGUGUUGGCAAUACUGUGCCAAAUAGAUGUUGAGUGUUUUCCUGAUUGGGUUGUAAGGGCCACUGUGUGUUUGGGGUUGUAAUGUUGGUGCUGUGAAUCUUUACUAUGGACUGGAACUGUGGUGCUGUGAAUCUCCGCUAGAUUUCUUUUUAACUAGCUCACUCUGUUGGUCUAUCAUGUUCAUACAUUUUGACAGCUGCAUUUGUGAUUCUCUUGUUGGCCGGGGACACUGAAUUUGCAAAAAAAACUAAAAAAAAAUUAAAAAAAAGAAAAAAGUUGGAAUCAUGCGUGCAAAAUACACUGUCAGCUUUAAUUACUACUGGGUAAACCAUGUAUUAAAAUUUUAACACAGUGUGUUGCUUGUAAAUUGUUUGAAAUGAAUUAUGGGCUGGAUAUCCUAAAUGGAAACUGAUAUCCUAAGGCAAUAAUUUUUCCCGUUUGUUAUUAAAUCUUCAGAAAGUAAAAUUGUGUGCUCAGUGGUGUUUGGCUGGCCAGAUUUAAACAACGGCUAACAAGUUUUACUAAUUCACUAAUUCAACAGCUGUCUGCUGGCGGCAACACCCUGAAAAUAAAGCUGACUUAUUGUUUGCACUUCGUCUUGUCCCACAAAAACGUUAACAGUUGAUUAUGGAUCUCUCUCUCUCUCUCUCUCUCUCUCUCUCACCUUACCACCGCGCACAGCCUUUCAAAAACAUGAUCUGAUGUUGUACACCACUUGAAGCCUGAUCUGAGUGUACAUAGUUAAGCCAGUUAGCCUUCAAAAGCCAUUGGAUGCUUUUGAUGCCAUUUCUUUGUUCAUUUGUUAAUGCAAUUAUUUCAAUUAAAUGUGUGUUUUGCCAUUUUCCAACAUGAAAAUAAACAUGCAUAAGUGCAA